CCACAGACCUCUCGCGUCACGGCCAGGACAAGGCUGCGCAACCCCCCCCCCCCCCCCCCCCGAUCUAACCAUCUUCACCCCCGGAAGCAAAAUGCUCCGACGCCUCGCCGUCGCCGUCGCGGCGCCCCUCCGACGCUCCCUUUGCACUGCGUCCUCGCGCCCUCCCUGGGCCCUGACCUACAGGAUGGCGCCGCUGGGCGCGCCGUCGCCGGGCGCGCGCCCGUCCUUGGACCUCCACGAGCCGCCCUGCGUUUCCCAGCUCUCCGUCCCCGCCCACUUGGCUGACGUCAUGGACUUGGCCGCCGUAAGCAUCCAGGCCGCGAGCUGCGACGGCCUCCUCCUCCUCGACUUCGCCGGCACCCCCCGCGGUGGCCACGACCACGACUUCGGCGACAGCCUGCCCGAAGUGGCCGCUUUUGUCGCCGCCUACGAACCGGGGGUCAGGCGCUUCGUCUGCAACCCCGUCAGCGGCCAGGUCUUCCGCGUCCCGGUCCCAAGCAUGGACGCGGAGAAGACGACCCUGCCCUUCGGCCUGCUCACCCAGUCCGACGCCUCCCACGGCCCGCCUGACAGGUUCGUCGUCGCUCAACUCUGCCUCCGGGAAAGGGACGGCGAGAGGGUCGUGCGCCGCUUUCUGUCCGAGACAGGGGAGUGGGACGAGCCGCCGCUGUUCGUCCCGGUCGCGGCCCCGGGCUGGUGCGCACUGCCCAUGCUGCCAAGGCACAAGGUGGUGGCGUUCGGCGACCGGCUGUGGUGGCUCGACCAUUACUUUGGCGUCUUCUCUGUCGACCCAUUCAGUGACCGGCCGGAGCAUGGCUUCGUCGUGCUGCCGCGCCCGCUGCCCAACUUUGACAUGGAUGUGCAUCCGGAACUGUACAGUCUCUUGGGUGUCAGCGAGGGGAAGCUGCGCUACGUCCAACUCACCACCAAGGAGCCGUUUAUGCUCUACUCCUUCUCGCUCGACGAUGAGGGAUCCUGCUGGAAGCUAACGCAUGAGUUGAGACUCAACCUAGUGUUGCCUGACAAGUCUACACCACGGUCGGACCAAAUGCCGUGGAUUUCUGCAAUUGAUCCAUUCAAUGCCAACAUAUUGUACUUCCAAGAUGGUCGAAUUACUGGUGCCUUCGACAUGGCUGAGGGGGGAAGGAUUGGGAGGAGUUAUUUUCCAGACAGCAUCAAAUCUCCGUGCUACGGCUUUGUGCCUGUAAUGCUACCAGCGUGGCUUCAAUCGUACAACAUCCCUUGCGCAGGAACAAAUUCCACCAAGACAACCAAUUGCACAAGGAAGACUUUGGCAGACACGCUGGUUCGUGUUGACAAGGACCAGAGAAAUUGAAAUUCCUUACGAUGGACCGACAACUGAGCUGAUGGUGGUACUGGAAGACAUGAACUCUCAUUUUAGGGAAAUUCUGGGACAAUCUUGGCGUGUUCUGUUUGUCGACGCGCUCUUUGAACCAUGUUGUUGGCGCACCAGUUAAAUAGGAUGGCUGCAUUCCAUGGCCAAUUUAGAUGAAACACUCUAACAAAUGCACUGUUACUUGCAAGACACGAUGCUUAUCUUCUCUGCAGAAUGUUAUUUGCACCGAAGUGUUUAGUUUUCAUCGAUAGGUUCGCUUUACUCAUCUCUGAGUUCAGAGGAUGUGUUUGAUCGGAUUGUUUUGGUGCGCUCUUUUUAAUGCAAAAUGCAAUGACCUGGAAAA